AUGACAUUUAUUUCCCUUUACAAGUUUGGCGAGGUUGUUUCGAUUGUUUUGUGGGAGGAGAAUUGGCGCCCGGAUUCAUAUUACGAUAAAAUUGCAGAAAAUAGAAGGCGCGGCUUGCAUACGCUGUGUUUAUUAGAUAUAAAAACGAAGGAACAGUCGGUGAAUGAUAUGAUGAAAGGCCGAGAAGUAUACCUUCCGCCAAAAUAUAUGACAUGCGCCGAAGCAGCAAAGCAGUUAUUGGAAAUAGCGGAAAAGAAACAAAGUGAAGGCAUCGAGCCUGGUAAGUCUUAA